UUUGAAACGAAGUAGCUGCUGAAAACAGCUGAAAAACAUUGAUGUUUGUGAGCAACUCAUUUUAAGCAACACCAGUGAAAAUUAUGUCAGCGGAUGAAAGAAGUUCUUUGUACUUGCGGUCGCGUUCCAGUGACAGCUUGAAACCUCAGAUGGUGUUUGAACUUUUCGAAUUGGUUGGUGUGUUAAGAGUACGUCCGCGUGUGUCUCAGCAGUUUUCCAAAGGUAAGCAAGCAUGUCUAGUCUUUAGCACGAUUUCCUCUGUUUCCUAUGGGGCAGUGGAAAAUGAAGACUGCAGACUGACAGCGGACUAUUUUUUGGGGAGGUUAGAAAACAAUGGGACUGUUGUUGUCACGUUCUUAUUUGCACUGUGUAAACAAUAGUCCGCAAUCUGCAUUUUACACUGACCGGUUACGUACAUCCAUAGCUACUUGGGGAGGCAGGGGGGAGGGGGCAUAAGGCGGGGGGGAGGUAAAUACUGCAAAACCGUACAGAAAUACGUAUAAACACUGCACAGAGUAACAUAAGAAAGCCGCAAAUCGCAUUGAAAUUACCUCAAAAUUUCUAAACACCGCGAAACUGCUUGGUAUUGUAAAACCGCAAUACUGCAUCUUAAAAUAAAAAUUUCCGAGCAAAACUGCAUCACUGCAAACCAUUAUGCCCCCUCUCCUACAAAGCUUGCCCAUCGUGCCUGGUACAGGAUCAUUAUGAAAUCAAUUAUUAGUCUGAAAGGUCAUCCUUCUCUCCUCCCCCCCCGCCAGAUCGGGCAGCAAGGCAGGACAGAUGUCUAAAUUCUCAGUGUUAUAAUGCCACCCCGUGAGGACACAGACUAAGUUAUGCAAUUAUGCAUAAAUAUCCAGUUGGCAGGCAUGAAUGAUCUAGCCUCCCACGCAGACAUUUUUAGGGGGGCUCGUUUUUCAUCCCUCCCCACAAAUGCCUGCUCAACCGGAAACAACAUUCCUUUCCCAUUGUUUUAUUUGCGCAGUAACUGACCAAUCAACAGUUGUGCAAUAAAGUAUUGACAGGCUAAACACAACUAAAACGUGACCCUAGAGUCACCGUUUUUCUUCUUUUCUUUCCUUCGCCAAGGUUAUGCAGUGCAUGGAGUAUUCCAAAAUUUGACUAAUUCUUAUUUUUGCUGCUAUGAAUCUAACAUUUAUUUCAGGUCCACAAAACUUUCCCAGUGUUUCAUGUAGAUCGAGUAAUUACAGAUUAUCUUCUGAUCAAGGUCAACUUUCCAGAAUUUGGAAAGUACAGUGUGAUUGGCUAAGCAUGGGAAAGGAAUGUUGUCUUUGGUUGAGCAGGCGUUUGUGGGGAGGGAUGAAAAACAAGCUCCCCAAAAAAAAGCCUGCGUGGGAGGAAAACCUCUGUUGUUCAAGCAAACCUAACAUAACGUAAGGUCACAUUUCACACUAUCACGAGCUUAUCAGUGGUGUUUGGCCUAUCAACACUUUACUACAAAUGACUCGCUGAAACUGUCUUGAACCAAUAGCAAGCAGUAGUACGUAUAGUCUAUUGUCACAGACUAGGCAGGUAAUGUUCAAUGGUUUGUAUACUGCCAUUUUUGCAAAAGUCUGUGACAUCCCGAGAUGGUUUUAUAAUGCUGGGAAUUAAGACAUCUCUCUUGCCUUGCCACCCAUUGGGUGGUGGGGCGCAGAGACAGAUGACAUUUCAGAUUAAUCAAUUGUUGCUAUCAAGAAUUUUGAUCUCUAGUCUUGUAUACAAACAUGAGUGUGAUUUGUCUAAGAGGAAUGAUGGGACCAUGCAAUCUGCAAAUAUCAGCAAUCCUUGCAUACACAUUGCAUAAGGUGGAAAUGGGUCUUAUAAAUUUUUUUUGAGAAAUUACUGGUCAAAGUUCUGGUCACUGUCAUCGUGAUGGAUAAACAGGACAAAGAGUAUCUCCUAGUUGUAAUCACUACCCAUGUGUUUUAAAAUGAGAGGGACACUGUUUGACUUAGUUACGUGUCGAUACACAUUGACCUGUACUCGUAACCUUUGGAAUGUGACCUGUAAAAGGAAGAAAGUUUGCAAUGGCAAAUCCAGAGGGAGGAGGCAUGAAGCACGGAAGUCCCUUACCCAAAUUCUUAAGUGAACUUAUUGCCCUUAAUGACAGCCCUGCCAUAAAAACUGGUUCCAAUAUUGUACUCAAAUUUAAAGAUUCCAUUUAGCAUUGCUGGUUCUAACCCUAGUUGUUAAUGAAAUCACACCUUUUAUGAUUCUUUUUUGGUUUACAGAUGAUAUAAGAAGACUGCCAUCUAUUGAACAAGCUGUUUGGCAUAAGGACAGCAAGUACAAUCUGAUGGUGCUGCUCUGUAGCAAUGGUAAUACCAAGUGCAGUACAAUGAAACCUGAAGUAGAUGCGUACAUGUUGAGUUAUUUUUUAACACAGGAAUUGAAUGCAUUCAAUUUUAGAUCAUAAGUUUUGGACACAGAUAGUUAAAUGUAAUGGUCGCUGGCUGAAAAUGACUGAUACAAAACUAGAUUGACAUUGACAGUCCAGCACCUUUAAUAAUUAUGGGUGAGAGGAAAGGAUGAGCUUAAGACAGCAAAAGACCACUUGCAACGUUCAUGUUGUAAAUUGGAAAUCUCAAAGAAUUUCUUAAAUAUAUUUUACACUUUAUGUGGAGCCCUUUUUUGCAUGUUACACUAACUUGAACUUUUUGGUUUGUUUUUCUCCAAAAUACAAAUGAGCACCAUCCUAGAAUAAGCACCACACCAUAAAAUAAAAAAUGUUAUAGAACCUGCAAUACUCUUUCAAGUAAAUAUGGUUUUUAUCUUGAAUUUUUUUCUUGGCUAUAAAAUUGCCACAACUGGUGACAAAAUGGUUGAGAUGCUGUCAUACAGAGGGUUUUUUUUGGAAACCACAAUAAACAGCAUCUCCUCCCUCCACUCCUUGGCCAAUGUUUGCUUGAUUAUUGCUUCCCACAAGCCUCAUGAGUAGGGGUACAACAUUGGAAAGGAGAUGGGAGAGGGUGGGGGCAGCCUGGGAGGGGUACUGUUGGAAACUGUUUUGAACUAUUUUUGAUUAGAAAGAGUUUAAAACAUUUUCAUUUUUGUCAUUUUAGCCAAAGUGUCUCAACAAAUUUUGUUGCGAAUUGUGGUGUGGCUAAUAAACCUAUUUGAUUCUUUUGUGUAAAAGCUUGAUUUCCUCUUGAGUUGUGGAAGAUAUUAAAAUUUUAAUAAUAUUCUAUAUUUGUACUGUGUUUUGAUCGUUCCAGGUUCACUGUUGUUGAGGGGAGAAGAGAGAGGCAGACCUCCAGUUAUAAAACAAAUUUCUUGGUUUCAGGUACCUGUAUGAUAUUAAAUGUUAUUAUCUUCAUUAUUGAAUGAGACCGAGUGUGAUGUGAAAAAUUAUGCAGGUAGAGGAAAGUGUCAUCCACUGAGGCCAAAGGUAGAGGUGGAUAACAGGCUCCAAGAUCUGCAUGAUUCUUCACAUCAUAGAAAAGGCAAAUUAAAUAAUAAUAUUGUUUUAUUAUUCAUUGAAAAUAAUUUAUUUCUAUGUUCUUAGCAAGACCAUAGACUGAAUAUUGAUUCAACCACUGCCAUAUUUUACCUUUGAAAGAUUAGCUCCCAGUACUUUAGUCCUAACAAGUGAAAUUUUAUGAUCAUUUCAUCAGAAUCCUGCAAAGUGCAUCAGAACAAUAACAUUGGACCCUACUGGCUCAUGGGUGGUGUGUGCAUGUAUGAACAGUUGCCUCUAUGUUGUACCUGUCGCUGGUGUCGUCAUGGUAAGGUUCCAGUAUAGCUGUUGUGAGCUAAAAUCUUUCUUCAGUUGAAAUCAGUAAUUCAGCUAUUUUAGGUGAGCUUAUUGCUAGGGUUCUUACCCUGGUAACCUAGGCUGAUAUUCGUAUUGAGAAAAAUCUCGGAUGGCUGGGUCAUGUGCAUAGAAUGGAUAAUAACAGACUACCAACGCAGCCGUUAUACUCUCAACUCUGUUUAGCAAUGCGUAAUCAAGGGAGGCCUCGAUUUGGACUGAAAGAUGUUGUAAAGAAAAACAUGAAACUUUGGAGAGACGCUGAUCUCAACCGAUGGCGGGAGAGUGCCAAGGACAGACCUACCUGGAGGAGAUUAAUUUAUUAAACUGUGCUGAACCUUAGAACAGUCUUAGUCGAACGGACCGACUGCACCAGUGAUAAUGAUAAUGAUGAUGAACCUAUAGGCUGAAUACUGGUUUAACGUGAGAACAGAUUUUAUCUAAAACACAGCCAACCCUUUUAUUGCUAAAACCUGCUCCAAAUCACAACUCAGAUCUGCAAGUAAUAGUCCAUCAUUGGACAAGGCAAGACCAAAAUUUAAUAAUAGCCCAAUUUGUUUGAUGAAUUCCUACCUGUAGUCUAACAUGAUGACUGGGCAGUGCAAGUACCAGAGACUAUCAUUUUUGCAUGGUAAUUAGAGAAACAUAAAUCACCAUACUUUACAGGUGUCUGUAUGUCCAACAAAUUUUCUGGUUUGUCCAAAUUAAAGAGCACCAUGGGAUGCUUUAUUAAAAAAGUUAGAUAACCCAGGUUUAUUAGUGUGAAAUUUGAAUUUACUGUGAACAUUUAAAAAGCAAAUUUAACAUGGGAUGCUUUAUUAAAAAAGUUAGAUAACCCAGGUUUAUUAGUGUGAAAUUUGAAUUUACUGUGAACAUUUAAAAAGCAAAUUUAAUUUGUUCCUUGCUGUCUACAAUUUGUUGAAUGGAUGCUGUAAAAAGUGCAGAGAAAAUUAUCCAAGAAAGUGCUUUUGAACGAAGGAAAAAGAAACCUAGAUUGAAAUUUAACUUCGGGCUAGCUAUAUCCCUUUUUUUCUCAAAGUUUUGUUUAUUUUCAUUCAGAGCAACACUCAUAUUUCUUCUGAGUAUUGGUCGACCAGGGACAUCACUCUAAUAUUAAGAUGUGAAAGACGAGGUAAGAGAUUAAUAUUAAUUUUUGGUGAUUUGAGAGUGAAGUUUGUAGGAAUUAAUUUUUACUGGUUUUAAACACUGUUGGUGAUUUUUUUUUUUAAGGUCUCCCAUCCAGUAUUGUCUGGUGGCAUAGCGUUGAUGAUUUGGAUAUUGGUAUCAUUGGAACUGAGGUUAGUAAUGCGUAAACUUUCAUUAUCAUGUUUAAAGAAAGACUUUCCCUUUUCUAGGCUUGCUAUUUUCUUCAUGAUGGGCUGAUGACCAGAAAAGCAGUCGCAGAAAUUUUGCAAUGUUCUGUGAUCUUCCUAGAUUGUUCUGGUAGAUCUAGUAACGGAGGGAACAAAGCACAUUAAUUUUUUACAUCCAAAAUCUGUACAAACCCUGUUAUUGGGCUCCUUUUUUUGUUAUUGACCUUGGCUUCAUCUCAGUCCAUAAAAACAAACAAACAAACAAACAAACAAACAAAACAUUGCCAUUAUCCAGUAAUUUUGACUUUACGCUUAGUAAUGCAUAAAUGCACAUACAUGGAUAAAUUUGCGGAGUUUUUCAGACACAUGACGUUUGUUUUUCUUCAGCUUGGUGAGGUAUUGUUUGUGGAUUUGAGGUUGAAGAUGAUGGUUGCAUCAGUUGAAGUGAAGGAGAGUAUCAAGUCCUUAGAGUUGAUGCAGGAUAAACAACAUGAAACCACUGCACUGCUGGUGAAUAUAUUACCUUUUUUUAAUUAGUGUAGUCAUCAUAGUGUCUUUAGGAAAUGUCUUCCAUGUUCUGUGGUGCACAACCCAUCAGCCGAAAAUUGAUGGUACAUCAUUUGCUUGACUUACCUUUUAGUUGUAGUGAUAAUAUUAUAGUAAUCCUUUUAAUGAUGAUGAUAAUAAUAAUAAUAAUAAUAACAAUAAUAACAUCAAGAAAGUAUCAGAGAGAGCUACUAUGACAGAGAUUCAAAAGAUCUCCAUGCUGGGAUCUGUGCGAAUCCUCAGAAAGGUGCUCAGUGUAUGAACAGAAUGAUUAUGACUUUUGCAGUUUCUGAUGCACAAAAAGAACACCAGCAAAGACUGUGAUAAAAGAGAUAAUAAUAAUAGUAAUAGAAUGUUUUCAAUUAAGGCAAUAUGAACCAAAGGAGACAUUGUGGAUGAAAGUUUGACGAAAAAGGCUGUAUAUUUUGAGAUCUGAAAAGAAGGCAGACAUGACAUUGAGAAUCAGUUCUUGUUCUUUGAUGAUGAUGACUAUGACGACAACAAUGAUGAUGACAAAGACGACAACGGUGAUGAUGAUGAUGAUUGUGAUUGUGUUGAAGGUGAUGAUGGUGUUCGGACAUUGUGAUGUAAGUGAUGAUGAUGACAAUAAUUUUUAUGGUUAUGGUGAUGUUUAUAGUGAUUGUGGUGAUGAAGUGAUGAUGAUGAUGAUGGUGACAUUGCGGAUAAAAUUUUGGAUGGUGAUGAUGAUGAUGAUGAUGAUGACAGUCGUGGAGAUGACAUUGACCGCAAUACAGUGGGAGUGGUGGUUGUCCCUUCCCCAGAGUUUGCAAUGCAUACUGCGGAAGAAGCAAUUUGCCUGUGUAUAUAUAAAAAAGGUAUUCAUUGGUUUUAAUUCCCUGUCAGAUCAACACAAUAUCUGGCGACACAGUUCAGAUGCAGUUAGAGUGCAAGGCUAUGAGGAAAGCAAGUUUUGAACAGAUGAGGAGUCCAGUUUCAGCCUCCUUUACAACCUCCAUUGCUGUUGCUAUGGGUUAUGAAACACUAAGCACAAGGACCAUACCAGUGGAAAGUGUGUUCUUAGGAAUGGGUGAUCUUCAGGACAAAAUACAACCCAUGCCUGUUAAGGUAUAUAUUAAAGGGUUAAGGGAAAAUGCUAAGAAUUUAAUUUUGCAAAUAUUGAAAAACAGAUAAGACUGUGAAAGUGCUUCCAGAGGGGUUUUAUUCGACUCAGAAGUUAGAACCAACUUGUACAGUGUUAUAAACAGUACUACAGGAAAGUACUGCUCAGUAGCUUCCCGGUGAAUGGUAACACUUAGAUGAUUUCAUCCACAGACUCAAAAGUUAGAAUUUUUUAUUUAUAAUCCAUAAUUCAUUCUGGUAGUGAAAUGAUCUUGGACAACGUCUUUGGAUACAUUUAAAUCAUUAUAAAGGCACCUUUACAGUGAGAAUAGUAAAACUGACAACAAGCUUAAGGGUACAUGCUUAACUGGGUCAACAGUCAUUUUGUUCUUGCGGCAUGUGAAAUUCAUUUUCAUGUCAAACAAUUUAAUCAACCCUAACUGAGUUGAGUUCAUUUCUUAACUUUCAGUCCAGUUCUGGUAACAUCCAGUUCUCUGUUCAGUAUGCGAGAAAUCAGGUGUUCAUUGGAGCUCGCAAUAGAACUACUGAUAUUCUUGAGGUAAGAAAAUGAUUCUUCUUCUUCUUCCUGUAUUAUUGUUGUUGUCAUUUUCCAUUUUGCUCUGAGUUCUGGCUGUUCUCAUGCCAACAUACCUCCCAAGGGAGCCUUGUGUCGUAACAAAUGACUAAUGGUCCCCUAGGUACACUCUGCUGCUACUUAAAAAUCAAGCACCUUCCUCAGAAUCCCAGGCUGUUCCUGAUAGCAUAGUUUUUUGUCCAGUUCUAACCCUAACUCUGGUUUUUCAUUCCGUUACAUCCAAGUUUCUUAGUAACACUAAUGUAAACAUUUUCAAACCCCACAUUCUUCUAAUUUCUCUCUUCAAAUCCUUAUAAUUAUUUUUCAACUUUUCAAAUUAUUUGCAUGUAUCCUACUAUCUCCAGGUAUAACAAUGUCCACAAUUAUAUAUUUAUAAAAGAUUUGUUCUCCUUCUUGCUCACUACAAUAAUGUCAGUUCUUCUUCUUCUUGCUUUAACAAAGUUAUCACAUUAGAUGUUCAUAUCCCAGAGCAGCUUUACUUCAUCAUUCUCCACAACCCCUUCUGGUACAUGUUCUAACAUUCAUUCAGUCGUUCACAAAAGAGCACUAGCAUGCAGUAAGAUCUAGAGUCAUACUAAUUUUGUUUAAUAAAUGUUCUUUCAGAUUUAUGACAUUGAUGUAGAAAAUUUACCAAUGUUUGUUUAUCAACUGCCUCCUGGGGCAACAGAUGUGUUAGUGACUGACAGAGUGAUAUUUACUGUUAUUCAUAAGAAAAGUUCUAGUGAGGUUAGUACAUGUAAAAUUCUUAUUAUCCCUUUGUGUGGUUAGGUCAAUAAUAUUUAAACCUUGCAUCCUGACACCAGCAGGUUAUCCUUGAUUGUCCUUUGACAUACCCCAUCCAUGUUUUCUUUGUUUCGGUUCUUCUACAUUGCAAGUAGAACCAGUACCAGACCCAACUGACAGUCAACAUAUGUUCAUGCUAGAAUGUCCUGAUCCUUUCCGCCAUACAAUGGCUGGCAAAGCUUGAUUAAUACAUUCUUUAGUCUUCUUUUUACUAAUAACGUCUGAUACAUAUGUAUAUAUGUAACCCAGCAGAUUUCCAUACAGCUCAGUUUUAAUCUGAUCACUUUAACCCCUCCCUGCAAAACUGUUCUUCCCUAACCAAAUAUUAACACUAACUUCUCUCUAAGGGCAAAAUAAGUUGAGUUAUGGGAGGGUUGGGUGGGCAUUUUCUUGCAAUCUUAUACCAUUCCUAGAGAAAUUGGUAUAAACUUUUAUUAGUAAGUCACUCACACAACUUCAGAGCCCUAUAAAGGCAAGCAAUUGGUGGUACAGAGGUUUAACCAUCUUUACUUUUUUUUUUUUUAUCUUCAGACUUUCUUGUGUGUUCAAUCCAGUCAGCUAGCUGAGACAUCAGUAGCUGUUCCACAGGGCCAUCAGGUAAUAAAAUCUACACGUUAAUUAAUUUACCAAAAAAGAAAUAAAAUGAAACCAGGAGAUGUUCAGAUCCUAGGUGGCACAUCAGUCAAUAAUUUAAUUCAUUGUUUUUAAACAAUGCGUCAACAUUUGUCGUAUAUUUGUCAUCAUAUUAUUCUUAGCAUGGCGCAGAUUGGUCCCUGUUUUCAAGGCCCUAUUCAUGGCUAGACUUACAUCAUGAUAAGACUAGGUAGUUUAUGGUACAACUGUAUUCAUUGGUCGAGAUUUGAGACACUGUCUAGCGAUAAAAGUUCUGCUAUUUCAGACCUGGUCAUUAUUCGUCUAGCUUGCACGAAAGCAAACAGUUACAGUAAUUUUGUUACCCACCCUCCCUCCCUAAUUAAAAUUAUCAACCUCUUCACUUCUCAGAAAACAGACUCAAGUAUUAUUCAGACUUUCCUGUUGCCUCCAGGAGAAAAACCAGUUGCCAUGUUUCAACACUCAGAGACAGUGGACAGUGUAGUGAAUGAAGAUGUUGCCUGGAUGAAUUCUGCCGCCAUGUCACAAAGCGUUGAUGGUUUGAUCCUGGUCACAACAUCAGGUGUUUUCCAGUGCAAGCCAAAGACAUCACCGGAGAAGUUGUUCCUGGAACUCGCUGUUAACAGUGCUGACACAUCAGCAGCUGAUAUUUUGGCUAUCACAUCUGGUCUUGAUGUGAAUAAAUUGUAUGAGGUGAGUGCACAGGCAGUGAUAAUGGAUUUUAACUCAAAUAUGUGUCAUGUAUAAUUGUUAAGUAGGAGGAAUAUGAUUGUCUUGGUAAGCCAAGUGUAGCAGGGUCCACAGUUGUGACCGGGUGGUCUCCAAUGGGCCUAAAAACUGAAAUCUAUCAACCAGAAUUUCUAAGCUAGUUGCCAGUAUGCGACUGGAUAUUAUGUUUUCACUCCAGUAUCUUGAAGAGGUAUUCAGGAGAAAAGGUUUUGGCUACUACUUUUUGUUCUCCGGAGACCAAAAAUUGUUAGUCUAGUCGCCAGAUGGCUACCAUGAUUAGCCUAGUAAAAUUAAUUUAAUUUGGGACCCUGUGUAGUCCUGAAAAAGACUGUUGUUGACAGUGAUUGACAGUUCAACAACUUGUGUGGUAGUCAUCUCAUGAAGCCUAGAUGUGAAUAAGUUUUGUUAGAGGAAUACAUGGACAUUUGAAUCUCCACUAUUAAAGGCCACCUCUCCACACCAGCCACCUCUCUACAACGGCUGCUUUUUUUGACGGACAGUCCAUACAAUGACUCUUGUUUAAACCUGACUCUACAAGGGCCACUUUCUUCAGUCCCCAAGGUGGCUGUUUUGGAGAACUUUAACUGUAUGCCACUUUUUACAUAUAUUUUGUGCCAACCCUUAACUUGUAGAGUGUUUUCACAUGACGUCACGGUGGCCAUAUUGGUGUCCCAAAACAAUAAAAUGGUGGCCAUGUUGGCGUCCCAAAUCAAUCCUGUGGGAGUUGAACUCUUUUCUUAUGCAAACACUUUCUUUUAUUCCAAUAAAUUUGCAUACUAGAUGCUGGCCACGUGAGUGAAAACACUCUAUUAGCAAACUGGUAUAUCUGUGCGCAAACAUUUUUUGCACACUUUCAUUAGUUGAUUAACUAUAUGUUCACCGUUUAUGGCUGCCAAUUCAGAACUAAGGUGUCGAAGAGUGUUGUAACUCUUCAGUUGUAGAAGUCAUCAGCUGUUUCAAAGUUACUUUUCUCUGAUGACCAUGCAGGAGCCAGAUUGAUUAAAAUGUCCUAAGAAAAAUUUUACAUUUACUGAUUUCUUGACAAUGGCAUGUUGUUAUGAGACAAUGUAUCCACAAAAUAUCUUUAUAAGAUUGCAUCCUUAAUUUGGCUGUAGAUUCACUUUAAAGUAUUAUAACAUAAUUUCUUGCCUUUGAUAUGAAAUGUCUUUCUCUUUUCUGGUCUGCAUUUUUGUUUGCCAUUAAACCACUAAAGGUCUUGUUUUCUCAUUUUUGUAACAGAUGGCCGGUGAUGAGGCAUUGAGAAAUGAAAACUAUGAGCAUGCAGUGGAAUUAUACCAUUUAUCAAAGGUAAUUUCAACCAUGGCGAUUGAUAUACUAGAUGAAUAAAUGUAACAAGCAUAAAAUGAACAAAAUAAACGGUGCUUGCAUGCACAUGCAACACUCUACCAAGAAACAUCAGACAAGCAGAGAUGCUUAGGGAAUUUAAGAUUAAGCUCAAACACCAUCUUAGACAAUAAUACCUGAGUGUACAUGUUGCAUUGAUUAAUUAUAAUUAUCUAGUCUCUUUGAUGUCUCUAAUGUCUUUGUUUAAUUUGUUUGUGUCAGGGUUCCAUUUAAACUAGCUCUGCUAAAUUGGUGCUCCUAGAUAAAUAUUGAUUUAAGUAAAUCAAUCAAUCAACUGAAAAGCAAAGCGUAAUAAAUUAUUAUAGAAAACAUGAAACAACUGUCCUUUUUGGCAGCAUCAUUAUAUGGAAGUAAAUUACUGCUCUUUAAUUUAACUUUCAUUCGAAUGGCCAUACGUUGGGAUUUCACCCAGAGCCUGAAAAGUUUAAACCACCUUAUACAGCAUAGAAAACAGUACCAAAGGAAAGUACUGCUUAGUAGCUUUCAUUUGAAUGGUCACACACUUUGGGAUUUCAUAGACCGACUCAAAAGUUAGAACCACCUUGUAAAACAUAGACAACAGUACCACAGGAAAGUACUGCUCAGUAGCUUUCAUUUGAAUGGUCACACUUUAGGAUUUCAUCCACAGACUCAAAAGUUAGAACCACCUUGUACAGCGUAAUAAACAGUACCUCAGGAAAGUCAAUAGCUUUCAUUUGAAUGGUCACUUGAGGAUUCCAUCAGACUCAAAAGUUAGAACCACCUUGCACAGUUAAAUAAACAACACCACAGGAGAGUACUGCUCAAUAGCUUUCAUUUGAAUGGUCACGCAUCAGGAUCAGAAUUCAUCCACAGCCUCAAGAGUUAAAGUUAGUUAAGUAUGCACAUUGGAAAGUGAAAAGCAAUAUUAUUGAGAGCCUCUUGACUGAUUUAGUACUGCUGUCUUGAUCUGUUUUCUUAUUUUGGGUUUAUACAGUGCUCAUUUGAGAGAAGAGUUUCUCAGUUUGCUAAGUAUGGAAGAGUUGCUGAUAUUCUUACAUAUCUCAGACAGGUACUUGGUACUUUUGGAAUGGCAGAGCAUUUAUUUUUAAUCAGCUUAUCUUUCUAACCAAAUAGAAUCUAUACAGAAAAGAGCACUUAAAACAAUUUUCCCAUAUGCUAAUGGCCACUCUGAUGCUCCUACAUCCUGUAAGCUAGUGUGGGUGGAGAAGAACACAGUUAUGUACACAGUGUUUUGCAACAUGAAGGACCUAAACCAUUCUCUUCAUCAUCUCCUACUGACAUCUGCAGAGAAUGGCUGUCUAUGCACCUUAAGGAUUAAAUCAGAUCAGCUAUGUGAUUUUUAUAAGAAUGUUACCACCUGCAGAACUAAGCACACUGAAAACUUUUUUUACUUUUAAGUACUUUUAACAAUGUACAUAGACUUUAUUUAUGAUAUACAUAGAAUGAUAUCUUGUCUGUCUAUUUCUUUUCAUUGUAAUAUGACUCUUUAAUUCUGAUUAGUGAAUUACUGCAAUAGAGUUGAAUACACAAUGUUUAUAAUAUUGUUAUUGUUAUUGUUGUUAGUUUAUUAUUAUUAAUCUAAGGAUUGGUCAUGAGGUGGUUUGCUGAUUCAUACUUCUCAAACUCAUGAGUAAUUCAUAAAGAAAAUGCAAAGGAAAUUAAUGUUUAAUGAAUGUUUGGAAAUCAGAUGAAAAACUGCUCAUUUUUGCAUCCUUAACAUCUCAUACUAAAAUCAUUUUGUUUGAGAAGUAAUAUCACCUGGAAGUUCGUCAAAAAUACUCCGCUGCGCAUGAUAUUUUCAACUCUCCUCUCAGUGUUUCAUCUGGUGAUGAAACACUGCAUCUCAUUCUUGAUAUAUUACAUCACCAAUUUUUUGUGAGACUUUUUGCGAUGAGGAACGUCAGUGACUCAGGGACAGAAAUUCCAUACUAAUGAUGUAAAUCAAUGUUUUAAAUGAAUCCGGUAGUCAUGGGUUUCCAAAUGCAAAUUUGUUUAAUUUUACGUUUCUCAUGGUGGAUUUUGGUAAAGUGUUGUGUUCAUCUGCGAACGAGCUCCAGCAAAACUCAAAUGCUUCUCCUAGAGAAGAAUAUUUCCACAAAAUAUUAAGUGUUUUGUUAUAGAUUCAUCACAUUUACAUUUGGCCUUUAUAGUCUUUUGUCUUUUGUCUUUUGUCUGUCAUUGUAAACAAUAGCUAAAACAAUGUAACUACUCCGUUGUUCAAUCAGCGCUUAUGAGCGGAUUCCGGACAGAUUUCAUGUCAUCAGUAUGGAAUUUCUGUCGCUGAGUCGCAGACGUUCCUCCUCGCGAAACGUCCCUAGCAGCAAGGAGAGAGGAGAAAUGGUUGUUUUCACAGGCUAAGUUGUUCUUUCUUCUUGUCAUUUUUCAAGGCACUGAGUAAGCACAGUGAUGUACAUACUGCAGAGAGAAAACACUUGUCCAACCUUACUCUAUUCUGCUUCAUACAACAGGUCAGUUAAAGUGUUGUUCAGCCUGGUUUUAACUAGCAAUGGUAACUCAAGAGUCAUUAUUUCACUUUGCUAAAAGGCUUUGAUACAAGUUUGUUUCUGAUUGCCCUUGCUUGUGUAGGCAUUCAUUUGUACUCAAUAAUCUCAAGCUUGUGUUAAUAUACUUACAUAAUGUUACCUCACUAGCCCAGGACUGGACAGGGGGUUACAGUCAACUCCCUUUACAUCAGACACUGUAGGGACCUCGAGUUAGUGUCCUCAUUACCGAGAGUCCAUAAUAGUGGGAGUUUAUUUCAGUCAAACAUCUGUAAUUUUUUUGGCCAAUGAUUUAGCUGAUGUCCGUAUUAUCGAGGUGUCUGUUAUACCAGGGUGUCUGCAAGGCGAGAGUUGACUGUACUUUGGAGUCAAAGUGAAAGGGAUGAUCAAAGGCAGGAGGUAGUCAAAGCCAAAGAAAUCCCUAGAGCUUCCUAAAAACCAAGCAAAUCCCUGGACCAAAAAUCCUAUGCUUAAUUUCAAUUCUGAGGCGUAAAAAAAUUCAAUAAGGGAUUAAAGUUGUUGAUAUAUAUUCCACAUUUAAAUGCCAUUAUUUUGUCUGACAGCUAGGUGCACAAGCUGGAUUUAUUUCACCUCAAAAUCUAAUUUUUGACAGGUACUUCAAAGCACUGGGGACGUUAUUCAACUUGCAAUUCUGUCAGAGGCUUUCAGGUAAUAGCCUGCAAAAACAACCAUAUCUCCUUGCUUCUUGUCGCUAGGGACGUUGAGUUUCUGCACCUCACCAACAGAAAUUCCAUACUGAUGACCUAAAUUAUUAGUGUUUACAUAAUUAAUCUGGCAGUUAUCGGUUUCCAAAUGUAAAUUAAAUUUGUUUGAUUUUAUGUUUCUCCUGGCUGAUUAUGGUAAGGUUUUGUGUUCUUUGUGAAAGAGCUCCAGCAAAACUUAAAUGCUACUUGUAAACAAGAAUAAAAUUUAACAUUUUCCCCAAAAUAUUGACUGUUUGGAAGUUUGGAUUUUCCAAGGGUACUUACCAGUUUGCACCAUUCUGUUUGGGAGGUUUCAGAGAAGAUGGACGGUGAUUUCACACAAUGCCAUUUUUAGGUUGAUUUGGAUAUACCCUGAAGUGGGAAUAUUUCUUCCACCAUGGCAAAUUUUUACAUUUAUGCACAAGGAGGAGGACAUGGGGAUUUGUAGUGUUGCUAAUUUUUUUUCUGUGGUAUUGCUGUGAAUAAAAUCCCAUCUUGUGGUCUUGCAGUGAUCUCAAAUCAUGUGAUGUUUUUCAUUUUAAGCCUGUGGUGUUUGGUGAAAAAAAAUUACUUGUGGACCCUUUUGUGAUGUUCUGAUUUAUUGUUUGACACAUUUGACUGACUUACCCUUGUUGAGUAACUGUCAAAACCUAUUUACAUCAUCCCUUUUCCAAGAACCUUUUUAGAACAUUUAAAAAUCGGAGAACAAAAAUCAAAUUGUGGUGUUGGUGGUUUAUCAGCUUUUUUUGCAGUGAUGCAGUGUUCGUUAUUUUCUUUUUGUGGCCUUGUGGUGUUGACAAUCCCCCAAUGCCCCCCUCCAGCUCAAAAGUCAUUUCAACUAGCCCCCUCCCCCCUCCCUCCAAAACAAAAAUGGGUGAGCAGGAUUAAUAAAGUACAGUUCUUCUGUAAUUUGAGUUCCCCAAAAGACUUCACUUGCCCAUCGGGCAAAUUAAGAACAGAAUUCACUAGCCUAAUAGUAAAAUGCACUAGCCCUGGGCUAUCAGACGUUACUUUCUUUGCACCCUGUGUUGUAAGCACCCUAACUGAAUGUACCCAUACCAUGAUUAUUAAUUUUUGAUGUACUUUAUAACCUUUAGUCAGUUCCUUAAUGACAAUUUUGAUUAUGAUGAGUCCACUGCUUUGGAGCAGCUAUCAGCAUUUGGUCUGAAGAGCUUCAUGUUUGAUGUAGCCAAGGUAUGUAGUUACACAUGGUACAUAUUUUUCAUUGUAUCAGCCUGGGGCUUGUACAUCUUUGUAAGGGACCUUUGGAGGGCUCAUUAAUGGAGGGGCUCAUAUCCAAGGGGGCUUAUAACUGAGAUAAAAAAAAGUGCCUUGAAAGAAGCUACAGUAUAGGAGCAGUGGUGAUCAAAAUAUGUUUUGCAUUUGCUGGUUUUUAAUUAAAAAUCUUCAAAUGUUGUAAUAAAUUGAUUUUGUUUUCAGAGUGGGUCUUAAAAAUAAUUUGGAACUAAAGGGAGGUUUAUAUCCCGAGGCACUUUUAAUCAAAUGUAUUUUUUUGUGUACUGGCCAGGAAAUGAGUGUACAUCUUGAUGGGCUUAUAAAUGGAGGGGUGGGGGCUUAUAGGCAUCAGUUUACAAUAGCUGUAUUGUAAUAUUGUUGUACGGAAUUCUAGAAAUAUGCACUGAAAACCAAUGCAAAACCACGUGUGUGUGCUGCCAUUUUAUUCACUUCUCUUACUCAUCAUUCAAUAUAAUUUUGAUGGACAGGCAAGAGGCUUAAUGCCAAAAACUCUGGACCUCCUUGCACAGAAGGGGCAGUUCCACCUUCCUAUUGAGCUGCAGAGCAAGCUGGCAUCUCGAGGAUUUACAGAAAUUAUCAGCAAAAGUGCUAAUGGUAAGUGGAAGAGGAAGCUAGCUUUUUACAAAUACUUUCAUUUAGUUUGUUUAUAUAAUACAAUUGCAUGCCCAUAUAAGGGCUUAAUGCAUUCCAGAACGUCCAAUCUAUUGUGUUUAUUUUGCUUGCACAAUGUUGACAUUUUGAUAAAUUAAUUAAAGUAUUUGUAUGUUUAUAUGUUAAAAUCUCUAAGCAUUAAACUCAUUACAUGUAUGUUAAUUAAUUGAUAAAACAUAAUUACUUGAAUUCCAUUUCAAUGGAUGGUUUCAAACAUUUACCUUAAUCCUCUUAUUGAAAGGUUUUGGCUAAGCUCAAUUACUACUUUACCCCUUUGUUAUCCUCUAGAUCUUCUUACAUUUUUAAUGAGUUAAUAAUUUAUGUAAUUUCAAUUAAGGUGCCUUUAUUCAGUGUAUGGACCCUCAAGAAGCUGUCACAUUUUUGUUGACUAAGGUGAGGAAGACUUUAGAUUUAAAUAUUGAUUUUUUUGUCCCAUCAUUUCUACAAGUGGAUGAGAAUUGCCUGUUGGAGCAGGGCUGGAAAAAAGUGCUGUCCAGUCAUCCAAGUAGAAUUUCCUGUAGGGCAAGUAACAUUUCAUUUUCACUUGGGCAAGGGUGCAGGCAAGUUGUCUGCCAACUUAAUUGUUUUUAAAGACUUGCCUAGGGGAAGGAAAAUUUGAGAGCUACGUAGGAGCAAGUUUAUACAAUUCGAAUUUUUUUAGCUAUGUGGAGGUUGUGAUGUAACGUUUCAUCAUUGCUUUAUUUUGCAGCCUGAGACCAUUCUUAGCCACAUGAAGUUUCUUCUAUCUCGUCUGACUUCACUUAAUGAAGAAAGUCUGGUACACAUUGCUCGGGUGUUGGAUCCGUCGCGCCCGUCAUUCAGGUCUCUGGCAAGUAAAGUCAGGCCACCCAGGCAAAGGUAAAUGUCAACUUUCUCAGGAUAAUUUUGCUCCUGAUUUUUGACCAACUACAUGCUUGAAGGGAAAAGAAAUAGAACCAUGUUGACGUUAUUUAUUGUGAGAGUGGUGGUGGUAACAGUAGUGAUAAUGAUAAUGGUGACGAUAGCAAUAAUGAUGAUGAUGAUGAUGUAGUGCUCCAAGCUGUGACCAUUUUGGUUGCCACGGUGAGUAAAAAAAAAUUUGGGCGGCUAAAAUUGUUGUAAAAUUCGCCAAUUUGGUGACCUGUCAUCAGGAAUCACAUGCCAAGCUAUUCCCAAGAAACUUCUCGAGAAUUUGUGAGAUAUGUUUUCCUAUUAGUUAGUGAUUUUGCUCUGUUUUCUUGAUUAUUUGCCUAAUUUCACCAUGGUUCUCAGGUUAUUAAGCCUUGAGAUGUCCCGUGCACCUCUAAAUUCAAUUGUGAUAGUUGGGCAGCCAUUUUGAUUCUUUCAAAGGCUCAUGUAGUGUUGCACAAAGUGUCCCUUUUUUUCUGGUGACCAUUUUAUAAUUUUAGGUCGCCAAAUUUGACUUUGAACAAAGUUGAUCUUGGAGCACUGUGAUGAUGAUGUUGAUGAUUAUGAUAGUGGUGGUGAUGCAGAUAUUAAUCAUGGUGAUAAUUCUGAUGACAAUGGUGAUGAUGAUGAUGAUGAUGAUGAUGAUGAUGAAAGUAAUGGAAAUAAAUUAUUAUCAUUGUAUUAUUAUGAAAGUGAUAAUGACAAUGGUGUAGUAUACUAGAUGAUUACUCAUGCUUGAUAACAUUUUGCAUUCUGUUAUUGGUGUUUUUUUUUUCCCUAGAACAGCUUCAAGUAGUUCAAUCACUUCCUUGAUUUCACUUGAGAGUGUUGUAAGCUUUGGGCAGGUCAGUUCUCUCUCAUUAUGUUAUAUUUUUAUUACUAUAUUAUUUGUACUAGCAAUCAAUGAAUGGACUUACUAAAUGUUUUUUACCCAACCACCUUUUUAUCUACCGUAGAAUACAUCAUUCAGGUUGCAAAGAAAGUCAGUUUACGUCUUGCCAUUGGGGCAAGUUGUUGCUAGUAUGUGCUAGCCCAAAAAAAUUUUUGAUAAGCAGCAUUGAUUACAGUUCUUUUGUAAUUUGAAUUUCCCAAAAAACUUCACUUGCUCUUAAGGCAAGUUAAGAACAGGAUUCACUAUUCUAGCCCUUUUGCAAAAUCCACUAGCCCUGGGCUAUUGGACAUGAUUUUUUUUGCAUGCUGUUUAUUACCCACAUCCAUCUAUCAAUGCGGUUCCUGUCUCCACUGGAUAACAGAUAUGUCACCCUCUUUGCGCUAAGUACAUUGACAUUAAAGUAAAGUCUUUUUUAAAAUCUUUUUCUCAGGACGAGAAUAAACAGCCAUCACUUCAAGAUAUAAUUGAGCUGUUUCUUUGUUCUCUUUUGGUCUUAAACCACAUCAGAGAUCAAAAGUUGGAUGCUAUGACAAGGCAUGUCUGAAUUUUUUUAAAAUUAUCUCUUUUGGUUUAUUUUUUUUUAAAACAAUAAUUGUUAUUAUCCCAAAGCAGUGAUUCAUCUAUGUGUAGAAACCAGCACUAGCUGUAGUGAGUCCUAGGACACACACACAAGCACCUACAAAACUGUGAGUCCCUGAUAAACGAGGCGAAGCAAAUUUUCAAGCAAUCAGAAGCGCUUUCCAAAUCUGGGUAGGGACACGUCAUCAGUAUGGAAUUUCUGCACUCAUUUUUCAGACAGCAAUUCGCAGGGAAACCAGUUGUAACAUUGUAAAGUGUCAGCUGUUUUCUCAGGUUACCCUGUGCAUAAGUAUAUAACAAGUGGACAGUUAAAGAUAUUCUUCGUUUUAUCUCAGUGCGGAGCAAUUAAAACUGCAUAAAAGAUUUAAUUCAGCUGUUACCUCCUAAUUAUGAGCAGAAAAGAAGUUCAUUGUUCAUUCAAAUGAAUGGAUAAUUUGUGCAUAUUUAAAAAAAAUUCAUCCAAGAUGUGUGGGUGUAGGUCAGAUGAAUCUCUGUAAUAGACAUUUUCCCUUUUUCCCAAUUUCAAGAUACUUUAAAAAUUCAUGCAUAAGGUACAUUCACUAAAAUAACUGACAAAAGAUGUUAACAAAAUCUAUUCUUCUAUCUUUCAUUUCUAGAAUUUCAGCUGUUAAGUGUAUUUGUGGAGGAAAUCAAACUACAGAAAAUGGAUUUGGAAAAAAGAGGGUAAGAUAAACGAACAUCAUUUCUUGCAAAACUGAAAAACAAAAUUAUCAGUGCCUUGAAAAGGUACUUUGUAGUGGCGGAUCCAGGGAAGGGGCCUGGGGGGGCCUGGAGCCCCCCCCCGUUAUUUUUAGACCAAAAUGAGGUCCGAAGGGCGAAACAAUUUUUUUUUGGGGGGGGGGGGGGGGGUCCCCUCUUAUCUUAGGGUCUGGAAGACCCCCCCCCCCUCCCCCUUAACUGAAGGUCUGCAACUGCCUCUGCUUUCCAAUGGAGUGUUUUCACUCACGUGGCUAGCAUCUAUGCAAAUUAACUGGAACAAAAGAAAGCGUUUGCAUAAGAAAAGAGUACAACUCCCACAGGACUGGUUUGGGACACCAACAUGGCCGCCAUUUCAUUGUUUUGGGUCACCAAUAUGGCUGCCGUGACGUCAUGUGAAAACACUCUAUAGCUUUCAUGCUGUGUUGUACUAAGGUGGUUUUGACUUAUCAGUCUGUGACUGAAAUCCUUUGGCGUGACAAUUCAAAUGUCAGAAGACUAUAGCUACUGAGCUGUACUUUUACCUUGUGUGCUUAGUUCUCCCAUUUCGUUCAAAAUUAAUGUAAAUAUUUCCUCAAUGAGAGAGAGAAGAGUUGAUAAAAUUAAUUGGAUCUCUUUGAUUUGCUGUUCACAGCCAGAGAGCACAGUGGAGUUCCUGUGCAGGCCUGUGAGGUUGUCCUGUGGCCAGCAACACACUGCUGUUGUAAGCUCCUCUGGGGAUGUGUACACAUGGGGGAGGUCACAGAAAGGAAGGUACAUAAAAUAAUGUCCAUAUUUAUAAACAUAGGUAGAGAAUUAAACUGGACAGCCAUAACUAUAUCAAUAAUUAUUGCUCUUUUAUUUAAUCUGAUGGAACACACUUUCUUAACUUUUGCUCCAUGCACUGUAUUCUUUUCUUUUCUUUGUUUGUUUGUUGAUGAUGAAUUUAUUUUUAUAAAAGGAACCUGGAGGGCAGGAAGAAGCGAGGAACUACAAGAGAAAUCACCUCCCCUUGCUUUUUUUCUAAUUGUAUAUAUUUUGAGAGUUAAUUGAGGUUUUUUAGGAACUUUUUUAAGUAUUUUUUUGUUAGAGCAUAUUAGAACAUAAUUAUUUAAAUGUUAUUUUUACACUUUGCAAAUAAUAAAUAAUAAUUAUUAUUGUUAUUAUUAUGUUACUACAUAUCAUGUAUAUCUUAAUCCUGUACCAUCCUGUUCUGUUUUAUUAUUUUUAAGGUUGGGCCAUGGUGAUCUGAUAGAGGAAGAAGGAAAAUCCAUUCCUUUCAGAGUAGAAAUCCUUCACAUGCAUAGGUAUUUUUCAGUUAAGCCUUUCACCACUAGACUGAAUUAAUUAUUGUGAGACGAUUUGUCAUAUUUUUAACAUUUUUCAUCUGUAGACAAUAUCCUGUGGCGCUACCUCAAGCGAAACCUCUUGGGCCAAAUAUUUCAUUUUGCAUGGUACUAUUUAGGUUGUGUAAAUGUUGUUGUUGAAAGCUUAACCUAAGUCAUCUAUUCUCUUUUCACUUCGUUCUAUCCAUUAGGUAAUUCAAUGGUUGUUUUCUUGAGACAAACUUUUGUCAAAUUGAAAUUGAAAUUGAAAUAUUUACAGGGCCUAUAAACAGUGAUUUUGUUACAAAUAGUAUGGUGAGUCCUGGGACUCAGCUUGUGAAAAAUCAUGAGUCCCAGUCCAGAACCAGUGAGACCCAGUUAAAAAAAAGACUCUGAAAUUUAAAAUGCUUGGGCCUUUAUGUAACCAGGCAGUUUUAAGACAGACUCCAAAACUCUGUAUUACAGUAUACUUAAAUUAAAAUAUAGUCCUUUUAUUAUUUUUAAAGCACAACCAAGGUUAAAAGAAGUACGCAUUAUUAAACAACAGCCAUUGAAAUAACUUCUACAGAAAUUAAAUGAACAGGCCGGAUAUUUCUACAAAUACACAUGUUCAGAUUGAUCUAUCGAUCAAUCUUUGCGUCCCACGAGACACAUGCCAUGAAUUAUUUUGCGUCUUUGGGGAUUUUUAUGCAUCAGGGACACAUGAUGCAGAGGUAACAAAAUUGCUGUAUGAAGGGGAAAUAAACACCUGCAUGAUAUUAUUUGGAUAAUUAGACAUAAGAGCUAUGAUAAUCUGUUUGUACUGACUAAAUUCUGUUUUACUUAGGGCAUGUUUGAUUAACUGUAUUCUGGAUUAAGAAUAAAUGGAAUAAACUCUACGUAUCAUUUAUUUUGGUUUGGAUUCAUUUUAUUUUUUGGUUUGUUUGCCCCUAAAUUUUCAUAACUUAUUGUCUUAAAAUAUGGGAAAAUGCAAAUCAAAAAAAAAAAUGGUUUAUGCAGAAUUUGGGGGGCAAAAAAUAGAUAUUCCAAUAUAAUUAUAGAAAGGUCCUUGAAAUAGGAUCAUAGUGCAGCCUCUAAGAGGUCCAUGGAGCAUAUAGUACAAGAGAUUUGUAACAAAACUUUUGCACAUUCUUAUUCUGGGAUCCAAUCAAUCGAAUGCACGGUCCUUAGUCCAGGAAUGUUUUGUUGUUGCAGGAUUAAUGUGUUAUCUGUAGCUUGUGGGUUGGAACACACUCUGGCACUGUGUCGUGAUGGGGUAAGGCAUUUUAAUCUUCUUCUUAAUCUAGAAUCAUUUUUUAUUAUAUAAACACCAAUGAAAUACCAAGUGAGCUUUCGCGCAAAAACUUGAUAUCUUCACAUGUGAAAAUAUCACCGUUGCUAUGGCUACAUAAUAAAUCGCACCUUUCACACCAAAAAACUAUUUAAGUAAAAUGGUUUGGUAUUUCAUUGGUGUUUAUAUAAUAAAUAGAACAUUACAUGGUCGCUUGGAGAUAUGAAAUUUCUCUUCGAGUGUUGAAAAAUAUUUCACUAGUGAGCGCAGCGAUUUUUUUCAACAUGAGAAGAGAAAUUUCGUAUCUCCACACGGCCGUGUAAUAUCCUCUGUUUAUCUUUCUUUACCCCAAAGACAGGCAUUAGUGGUAAUGAAAAAACAAACAAAAAAAAAUACAUGUAGGGAUUUUGUUACGAAUAGUUAUGGUGAGUCCUGGGACAAAUCUGGUGAAAAGUCAUGAGUCCCAGUUAAAAAAAGUCUGAAAUUGAAAAUGCUUGGGCCUUUAUGUAACCAGACAGUUAAUCUGAGGACAGACUCCAAAACUCUGUAUUACAGUAUACUGAAUGUGACCACAUUGAGACAACAAAAAUGAAUUUUACGGCUGCGUUUUUCAUAGAUAAACCAGUAAAACUAGAAAGUUAAUCAUGAAAGUACUAAGUAAACAAGAAUACAAACUUAACUGAAAAUUACAACAGCGAAAUAAUAAACCAAAUAAAAGAGGAAAACGAAAGAAAGACUAAAAUUAUUAUAAAAAUAAAGAGUCCGAUCAUCAAUUUUAAACCACAAGAAACGGUCCUGUAGCAGCCACACUGAAAUUAAAAUAAAUAGUUCUUCUAUUUUAAACCACAACAAAGUUUAAAACAAAUAUGCAUCAUUUAACAACAGCCAUUAAUAAUAAUUGCCACAGACAUUACACAAUCAGGCCGGAUAUUAAUUUCUACAAAUACACCUCAUGUUCAGAUCGUUCGAUCGAUCUUUGCAUCCUUCAGGACGCAUGCCAUGAAUUAUUUUGCGUCUUUGGGGAUCAAUAUUAUUUUUAUGUGUCAGGGACGCAGGAUGCAGAGGUGGUAAAAUCACUGCAUAGGUCAGUCAUGACCCUCCUGGGCUUCUGUAAAUGAAAAAUUAUUUCUGAACAUUUCUUUUACUUAAUAGGUUUAUUCUUGGGGUUCUUCUGAAUAUGGCCAGGUAUGUGGCACCAAGAAAAGUUUGUUACUUAAUUUGUAAGACAGAGAGAAAAUUAAUAAUGAGGAUGUGUGUGUGUUGGCGGAAAAUUUGCUUGUGAAGUAUUAUAAAAAUUAAUUUAUAUAGAGAUGCAGUAUUUAAUACUGUGCAAGGCAUAUUCAGUUGGUUAAUUGGUGGCUUCUUCUACCUCAGAUCAAUUAAUUUUUGAAAUUCCACAACAAUUUCACAGCUGAAUUCUGAAUAACUUUCUAGUUAUGGACUCCAAACAUUUCUCUGAAAUUUAUUUGGCAUAAUGUAUUAGAUCAUUUAAUUCUGAUACAAGAAAUCAGCCGUUUAAGCAAAAUUUUUCACAAGACUGCUUUUCUUUGAAAAGUUAAGUAGGGUCGACUCUUAAAGCAUUGAUUUUGUAAAAAAUAUUUACCAGUAAAAUUUGAUUGUUAUUUUCAUAUUGUUGGAGUAUGAUAGCUUUAGUUUGUCUUUAAGUUUUGUAUUCAUUACAUUAAAACUGAAACAGAUAUCACAAAAGGUCACCAUAGUUCAACGUGCCUUCAGAACUAAUGUUUAAAAAUUCACUUAUCGUCUCUAGCUUGGCCAAGGAGAUACACAGCAACAGACCCGCCCUGUUUACAUCACUGAACUGUCAGACAAGAAAUGCAUAGCAGUGACAUGCGGCCAUUAUCAUUCUAUGGCACUGUCUGCGGACCAUCGGGUGUGGUCUUGGGGAUGGGGUGUCCAUGGACAGUUAGGAGUGGGUAGCAUUGAAGAUAGUCUCCUGCCCACACAUGUGACAGCACUGGAUGAGUAUGAAGUCACUCUCCUAGCAGCAGGUUACUCCCACAGUGCUGCACUCACAUCACAGGUGGGUAAUUUAGUAUUGGGGGUGUUUGUGGGACUGGCUGGGGUGUUCAUAGACAGUGAGAAGUGGGUGGCAGUGAAGAUAGUCCACUGGCCGCACAUCUAACAUCACUGGAUGUGUAUGAAGUCACUUAGGCAUGCGCAGUUAUUUGCAGGACACAUGAUGGGCGUUCAGCCAAUGAAAAGGAAGAAAAGUUUGCAUUGAAUGGUAAUAUUUUUUAAUUGCUAUUGAUAAUAGUUAUUGUUACAGUUAAAUGUAUUUUGUUAAUCUCUUGCAGGGGCAAGUGCUAACAUUUGGAGGAGGUAUAUAAUUUUUAAUAUAAGCUUGUUAAGAGGAAAGAGAAGUUAAUAGAACUGGAAGUGUGCUGCCUUGUGAAAAAAAUGUAAAACCCAAGUCUAAGCUGUACCUUAAUUCCCCCAGAAACUGAUUAAGGGGCAACCCAUUUGACUUUUAAGGGGGGAAGGGGGGUAUGGGUGAUUUCAGAAAUACCUGAGGAAAAAAUAUCUGCACUGAAAAAAUAUUUCUCAUGACAUAUAAUACUGGAAAAAAUCUUACACCAUGAUAUGUUGGGGAAAAAAUUAUGAUCUCCAGAAGUUUGGGGAAAAAUAAUUCUUUCCCAAACCAGAUCACCUAUACACACCUAAAGCCAGCUUAUUGUAACAACAAACAAAAUUUUUAUCUGAUUCUGUCUUUGCUCUGUUCUUCUUAUGUACCACUUUAACAAAUAUUUUGGCAAUAUUAUUUGAUCUGCUUUAGGGCUGUAUGGUCAACUAGGGUUAGGAACAAACAGCAAACAAACACUCCCUCAACUGGUGAAAAGCUUGAAAGAUGAGAAAGUGUAUUUGAUCAGUUGUGGAUCAUUUGAGACUGUAAGUAUAUUAUAAUAGUCAAGAGAUUAAUGUUAUUUCUUCACUAUUUUGGACAGUUCUUUCCUGGCAUAUUUUUUCUUAACUUGCGAAUAAUUAUUAUUGCUCUCAGAUUGCUGUGACAGAAGACCAGAAAAUCUUUAACUGGGGUAGAAGCCCACACUUUUUCCGAUUUUAUAUGGUGAGUACAGUUUUGUACUUAAUUUUAUUUUAAUAUCUGUCAGAAAAUCUAUGCUUCCUGUCCCUUCAAAAAAUAAUUGUGACUGUCCCACAGUCCCACCCCCCCACCCCCCACAAAAAAAAAAGCUUAUCUUUAAAAACAAUAUUGUUGUAGGGAGACCAAUGCUCUGAACCAGAGAAAUGUAGGUUACCUAGGUUAUGAUUUUUAUGAAACAAAAUUAAUUGAGAUUUUCUAGUCUUCCUAGAGCAAAACUAAGGUGCAAGGGGCCACUGGCCAGACAUAAUAUUAUUAGGGAGCUUAAGCAACAAUGAUGGUGACGGCUGCAAAAACCUCACUUGAAAAAAGUGAAUUUGUGCUGCCUCUAACUUUAUCGCUCUUAUUCCAUCUAUUUUAAUUCUUGAGAUGUUGGCAACUUUUUUUGAGUUGAAUUCUAAAGGCCUGUAUCAAAUUUCAAGACAAGAAAAGAAAGUUGUUGUCUUGUGUUCCUGUCCUCGGCAAAAUGUGAAAUUAGGCAGUUUCACUUUGUAGUCGUGCAACGACGGCAAAGAAAAGUACAAGAAAGCGUGAUGCACUUUCAAAGUUGUUGUUUGGCAAAUAUAAACCUAUUGCUUUUUUGCUGUUCUCCUGGCCAUUGCCGUCGUCGUUGUUUAAGCUCCCAGAUUUUUUAAUGGAGGUGGUGCAGGCUGACGAUCAUAAAAUUUUUCCUGACAUUUAACAGGUGUAUUAUAUUUUUAACAAGUAGCAAUAUCCAUUCCCGUAAAUAUGUUGUUAAUUGUAGUUUAUGUUUGUGUAAUGUUUAUUUUCUGUGUAUUUUAGCGCCCUGAGUACCGUUCCAAGCGUUCUGCGCAGACCACUCUUCCCAUGAACUCAUUAUCACACCGUUUGCUUCCUGAGCACAUGAACUGUACCUUCUCUUCACAAAUUAAGGAUGUAAGUGAUCAUAUCGUGUAUCUAAUAUAUAGCCUUAGCCAAGGCCAAUGUCUUUCUGCAUUAAUUCAACUUUUUUCAUAAGCAGGAAGCAAACAGGAUUCCUCCUAAAAUAAAGAUCAAUGAUUGUUGAAGACCAAUAACUGGUCAGCAGAGAAUUUAAAAAAAACAUGUCACCUCAAUAAAAUGUGGACGUUAACCUGCAAUACAGUAAUGUGACACUUGUUAGUUUGCAAGUUAACGGGACUCGACUGUACCUUUUUGACAGUGUCUAAUAGCAAGUUUAACACAGAUUUUAGUGGAACUCCACACGUGCACAAAGCGCACGCGAGCAGAUGGAGCCCCAUACCUAAGAAAAUGUGGUAAUCUAUCCAUUCAAGAAAUUUGGGUAAUCAUGUGACCGUCUGUCCGUCCAUCUGCACGAGAGGGAAACCAAUGUGAAAUGUCAAACUUUCUAGCUAGUGUGGAAGCCUGUAACCUGUGUUUAACUUGAUAUGAGACAUCCAUAUUAUGGUCAAAUGACAACUGUCAAAAAGGGUAUCCACUGAUCACAUGACCAUAUCGCGGGCUCAGGUGGCAACUUCUCAAGGUCGUGUGUGGCAUUUUGAAGUUUUCCGCUGACCAGUUAAUACCUUUUUGAUCGCAGUCUCAAGUUUAUAUUUUUCAUGUCAUAUGGUUCUCCCUGAAUGUUAAGUAUAGAUUUGAGAAUUUCUUUGUAAUGGUUUAAAAUCCAUUGUCUGUAGUAAAUUUAAAAUGUACAAACAGGAGCUUCACUUUUAGCUCUGGCUAAAUCUAUAUAUUAGCUUGGACUCCAAGCUGGUAAGUGUGACAUUUCACAUCUGCUAACAUGAAAGGGUGGAUGUAUGGAUAGGCGAUGUUGUCAGAACCAAAAUUUCUUGGAUGCAUAAAUAAUCAAAUUUUAUUACCCUGGGUGCUCCGCCACACACAAGAAGACACACAAGAGCUCCUUUAUGACUCACAGUAAAAUGCGUGCACAGACAUGUCACCUAAACAUUUGACAUGGCCUUGUUUCAAGUUCUGCUUCUCCACUGCCUUGUUCCCAGAUGUCUUUAGCCUGAGAAAACGGCCAACUUUUCACAACGCCACCACUUGUCUCUCCAGGAAAAGAUGUCCGAGAAUGAACCCAGAAAUUCCAUACUGAUGACGUAUCACUGCUAACCCUGAUUUGGGUAUUGCUUAAUUCUGGAGACAUCCCCGGUGUAAUAUAAUUUAUUUGUUUUCCUUGUUUUAUAGACCUUUGUCAGUGUUAGAUUCAUUGUUAAGGAUGUUUUGUUUUCUUUGUUUUAUGUCAGCUGUAAGUAAUAAAUUAUAUAACACCAGAGAUGAGCCUAAUUCUGAUUGUUUGUGCUUUGAGGGAAAUUUUCUUCAACCUAUCAGAAGUACUACUGUACCUUGACCUGUUCACAGUGGUUAGGUUUCCCUAUGUACACUGGCAAGCUUAGGGUGCUUUCCAUUUGUCAGAACUGACCAGCAGACCAUUCCUGUUGUAAUAAGAAUUUCACUUUUAAUCAAAACUAUCCAGCCAGAUCAGUCAAAUCCUAAAUAGUAUGCAUGAAGGAAAUGGUUUUUAAGCAAAAUCCUUUGGAAAAAGCCGAUUUCAUUUGCUAACUGACUGGUCCGGCAAUUGUCCUGCUGGCCAGUUCUGACAAAUGGAAAAUGCCCUUAGAUAAUAAUAAUAAUAAUAACUUUAAUAGUAACAUCCUCGUGAGGUUUUUCAGGAACUAUUUACAAACUAUUUACAAUUUAUAAAAGCAAAAAUGACAAUAAAAACUCGAAAUCACAAUUUAUGAUGGUAUUCUACUAAAUGUAUAGCGGAAUCUGCAAAGAGUUCCAUGUACGAGUGUUACAAGUAUGAGAUCAAACCAAGCUGUACAUGUAUACUAAGUGGUAUUCUGUCUUGUUCUAAAGGUGUGCUGUGGUAACUGGCAUUACAUGAUACUGAUGGAAUCAGGGCAGGUCUACAGCUGGGGAUUCAAUGACUAUGGUCAAUUGGGUCUGGGGAGUAAAAUGGACAGACAGGUAUUAAGGGCGUGGCAUGGGGGGUGGUGACUCCCCGUGGAACAGGAGACCAUCACCUGAAGCAUGCAAUAAAAAAUAUAUUAACAAUGUACAUGAUGAUGGGAGUUUUAAAAUAGCAGAAUAUUCUCUCCAUCAAUUGAUCCUUCUAGGCCAUCUAGAGAUCCAUAUCACUCUUUAAAAACCUAAUGAUGAUAUCAGAAUCCUCGCUCAGGGUUAUUAUGUUGCUAUCAUUAGUCUAUGCUUACUUUGAAAUUGACACUGAACAAGAUGAAAUACGCAAAAAGCCUUGUUAAUCAAGCAAUAAACUGAAUGAACUGAAUGAUUUUACCCCUUUUUGCUAAUUCCUAGUAUUUUGGAGGAAUUAAUAAUAAUAAUAAUAAUCUUUAUUUCUUAAGAUAAAAUUACAUAUCCUAAGUUACAAUAUAAACUCAAAAAACUAUUUAGUAUACAUAUCAUAUCUAAAAAUUUUUCUGUUACUAAAAACGUUCUUAAACCUGUCAGUGUAGAUUCUAGGGACAGAGACUGACGUAUUUCUAAGAUUGUAUUUCUAAGAUUGUGGGUGGCAUCUGUCAAGACAGCUAGGGGCAUCUUAAACAUUUUUAACAUAGAGGGGGUGUUGAUUAGAUAAGAUUAUCUUAUUUUAUUAGGCCAUUUACAGUAACAAUAUUUUAACUGUGCUAAAACUACACUUUUAGUGGUGUUCAUUAGAACACUAUAAUUAUGAGGUAAUGAUGCAGCUAUAAAAAAUGAUGUUUUUCCCCUACAUCUAGAUAUCUCCCAGACUACUCCACAAACUUUCUAAUAAGUGUAUCACCAUGAUCAGUACGGGUGCAGAAUUCUCUGUUGCCAUGGAUACUGCAGGAUUGGUGUAUGUCUGGGGCAGAGCUGAUUCAGGACAGGUAAGAUAAGAAGGUAUACAAACACUUCCAUUACCCACAGAACUUUCUAUGACCCCUUCAGUGUCCGUAUAUUACGGGGUUUGACUGUACUAUUCUUGCUUGCAGCUGGGUUUGGAUUUCAGUUGCAUCGGUGCCAAUAACAAGGAAGUCUCAGUGCCUUGUCAGCUAACAAGUCUUCCACCACUGAACAGAAAGGCAUCCAUCUCAAGUGAGGUAAAAUACAAAAAUCAAAAAAUAAGUUUAAUUCACCAUCACAUCUUUAUCAUUUUGCACAUAAGCACAUAUAUUUGACAUUCUAGUCGUAGCAGUGUGCAGGAUGUUAGCCUACAAGCAAGCUCUCCAGGGCACUCUGGUGGCAGGGCCAGAAAAGGAAGGAGAGCUUGCAACUAUGUCUCUGGAAUUUGAAUAUCUACGUGGGAAAAUUUGAUGUGAAAUGCUGAUUGGCGGAGAUGACAUGAGUAAUAUGAUGUCAUUACCCUUGGUGCAUGCUUUCAUAUGUUUUACAAUUUUUGUUUACAUUCGGACUUGUCUCCACUUGGCGGAAAUCUGACAGCUCAGUCAAUGGAGAGCCACAGGGGAAUUGGAGGUGGAAUUCAAAUUCCAGAGACAUAGUUGGAAGCUCUCCUUCCUUUUCCCACCCUGCACGGCUGCCAGAGCACCCUGGAGAGCUUGCUCACAGGCUAGCAGGAUGUUUGUCUCUUGAACCAAGUUUAGUGGCCUUAACUCCAACAAGUCUCCAGUAGCUCAGGUGGUAGAGCAUCUGGACUAGUAACCAGAAGGUCAUACGUUCGACUCUUACUGGGAGGAUUCAGAUUUUUUUCUUUCAAGUCGCUUGCGUCACUGACUGAGAAAUCAUCCUUCUCGUCAAAAUUCUUAUUUCAAGGUUUUGUCAGAUUAACCCAUUUGCCUCCGAGUCACCUGUAACCACCCGUGAGGAUCCACCUCCUCUCUACCACUUGUGGCAUGAUCAGUUUUAAUGGUCAAGGAUAACUUUGUCCACUAACUUGUUCAGAGUGAAUAGAUCUUUCAAACCAUACCAAAAUGAGCACGAUUCAGUCAAGGACACCAGAGAAAAAGACAAAAAAUCAUGUAACAUUGACCAGAAAAUUUGCGUGAAAAUCUUGUUACACUACCCACCUACCUCUCCUUUCAAUCCAAUCCUAAGAUCCUAAAAGCUUUCCUUAAAACUUUCCCCACCAAAAUGAAGCCUACUACAUGCCUAGCAAGAGAAAAACAGCUUUGUGGUAAGUUUUAGCUCCUUUUAGCACAGCAGUAACCAGAAAACCACUCGACUAGCUUCAAAACGCAUUUUUUGACAAAAUUAACCUUCAGGGGUCAAUGGGUUAACUUUGAAACGAAAAAAUCUCCAGAUGUAGUUUUCUAAAAAAAUAAUGUUGACAAACACUUCCUUCAUGAUUGUAUCCUUACAAAGUGGAACACACUUUUUGCUUUGAUCAUUUCUGUGUUACUGCAUUCAGUAACAUUAUAUUAUAUUAUCCACAUGCUUUCUGAAAACAUUACAUUUUGUAAUAAUAAAAUUGACUCACAGCAAGUAUGAUAACCAUCCACAGCACCAUUUAAAACAUGAAUGUGAUAACUGUCUCUGAUUGAUAAUUAUUUUCUCAGCACUCACAGAGAUCUGAUCACAAUCUGGAUCUGGAAAUUGAGUGGGAUCUGCCAGAUCUCUCUGCAGUGGGUAGGUGCCAUUUUUUGGUUUUUACUUUUUUCUGUUUUCUUUACCUGCAGCACAGGGCCAAUAUAUUGUAGCUGAAUUGUAGAGUGCUGUCCACACUACAAGAUCUCGUGGCAGCAAAUUCUGUGGACCUUAAAAAAAAUUAAGUAAAUAUGGUACUGUGGUUGCCCUGUGUAAUGGUUAGACCUCUUGAUCUGCUUGGCUUGGAUGACCACGAUAGACAUGGCAACCCUCUCUCACCCUGCAAGCAGAGCCUGCUUUAUUCUUCUUCAGUGAGGAGAAGGAGGAGAAGAAAACGAGGUUCAGCCUGAAUUACUUCAAACCUUUGAGGUCACUGUAGUCCAAACUGUUGGACUAGGCAAAUCUUGUUUCCCUUCCUCAAAUUUUUUUUUUGGUUUAAGCAUCCCUUCAUUGAUUUGUCACUGAAGCAAGCUCACGGUUAUUAGACCUGUGUCUAAAGCUAUGUCUUAUUAUUUAGUAACAUGCCGCGCAUGCUCAACAAAGAUCUUACUUGAUUCAUGCAUCGAGAAAGCAUAUUAAUUUAAAGAUUAAAAGGCUAUGCUGGCAGGAUGAUCCUGUCUAUGCGAAAGCGGUUUUUGCAAUGUUAUUUCUUUGUUCCAGAUGUAUGGAUGCGGUGAAUAACGAGAACUUUUUUUUUCUUUUUCUUUCUUUUUUUUGUUCUGGAACAUAAUUAUUCUUGACUUAAACUCACUGCAAGAUGUUGUAAUUUUGUAUACUAGGAAACAGAUUAUUUCCUUAUGGAAGAGAAGCAAUGAAUGUAGCAUUAUGUCAGCUCACCGAACAGUAUGCUGCACAACCAAUGAUCAGGUAUAUAGUGGCAGUUACAUCUUCCUGUUUAUAUAGUUAUUUAUUUUUUAAGCAUUAAAUUUAGAGCGUCUUUUAGUUCUUUUGUUGACUAUUUUUAUUGUCUUGUUUUUGUGUCGUAAGUGAGUAGCUGAAAUCGCUUAAUGCACCUACUUCCCAACCAGUCAGUGUUAAAACUGGAAGUUCAAUUUUCCCACACAUACUAUGGGCUGAAUUUAUUUGCUUCAAAAUCUGAAUUGUUUGUUUUAGUUUCCUCUGGAAUUGGAUUAAAGACAUUAAUUGGUUUAAUUUGUUUUCACAUUCCUUGAUUGUUAGGAGGGAUGUAGGGGUCACUUGCUGGUCAUGUUGUAUGGAAACUUCUGUGAUGUCUAAUUUUGCUUGCUGUUACUUGUUGUUGUAUUUAUUUCUCAGGGUUUAUAUCCUUGAUGAACAGUCAGAUUUAAAAAAAUAUAAGAUUCAGAACAAUUUAUUGAUAUUGGCAGUAAUAAAGGGAUAAGUCUUAUUAAUUUUCCUGUCUGGUAUUUUCUAGACACUGCUUGGAUAUCAAGGACUAUCUUGCAGCUGCGGUUGUUUAUGAAACUCUUGGAGAAUGGCCUCAGGUAACUAAAUGUGACAGUGAAAAAGUGAAGCUUCUGAGUUCUUGUUUUUAAUGGCCCAACCAAUCAUGGUCAUCAUGUGGAACAUGUAUUGACGAAAAAGGUGUACAUGCACCUAGGUUGUUAGGGCCCAAAUGGUGGGAGCUGAAACUUGUUUCUGUAGCAUAGUGCACCGAGAAGUAUUGCUGCUCCCCGCUGGAUGGGAUGCUACUUGUAGCCCAUUACAAGUUUACCCCCAGCAGUAUGUUGCCACUUGUACACCUGGGUGAAGAGAUUCAAAGUGGAGCAAAUUUUUUGGUGAAAGGAAACAAUGCAAUGACAAGGCUUGAACCCAGACCUCAAAGAUCUGAAAAGUUCAGCUGGUGUUAACCACUCAACUACCACACCUUCACACAUGCAUAGAGUAACCAAAGUAAAAUGCUAACUCCAUGAAUCACUCCUCAUGAAAGGCAAGUCAGUGUCAGAAAAUCUGAAAUUUCAUGCACUUUAAUUUAUUGUGGUUACACUUAAGAUCUUACAAUGGGAUUUUCUCUGGACACUCAAGAGUUAAGACUACAAACAUUAUACUUCUCCAAAAUGAUUAUGGAGACAUACAACAGAGACAUACAAUUUAUUAUUGAUCCUGGUAACAAAAAUAAAUGGAUUUUGAUAAGCUUCCUAAUUAUAAGCAUUUUUUGGUUUGGCCUAGCAGGGGGUGGGGCACUUCCUAGUAAUAGGCUGAUAGUGAUGUGCCGCUGGAUGGGGUGGCAUUUUUACAACUCUGUUGACUAUAAAGGGGUUGUAUUUUCAAUAAAGUUACUAGAAUGGGGCGCACAUUGUCAGGAUUUUGGGGGUAAGAAUGUUCCGGUUAUUAGAGAUUUCAAACCGUGAGGAUUUUUACUAAAUUAACCCUUUAAGUCCCAAUACUGACCAACAGCAAUUUUCUCCUAACAAUGUCCAUACAUUCUCAAGAGAUAAGGUUGUGAGAAUAUAAAAAAUGAUCACAAAAGAGAAAAUGCAUCGAUGUUUUAUUAAAUUCUCUCAACUAAUUCUUAAAGGAAAUGAAUGGAGAUCAGUUUGGAGAAUUUGUAUGUGGAUACUGGGGCUUAAAGGGUUAAGUGGAACUUAAUGUGCCAAUUCAUUUCAGGGUGACCUUGAUAAAAGGCUUUAUAAGGUAGAUGCAUCAAUAGAAAGUGACUAAGUUGGGAUCAUGAAAAUUACAUUUACCCAAAAGUGACUAAUACAGGGUCUAUAGUUGGCCACAGAUUGACCAUAAUAGGGUAGGGGUUGUGAGAGACUAGUGGCACAUACCCAGCAAAACUUACUCAAUUAACCCCCUGGGUUGGCUUUCAACCAGUCUGUUGGGAAGAUUGGAUGAAGAACCAAAGGAAUAUCUGCAAAGAAGGUGAAAAGGGCUUAAUAUAGAUUAGAGAAUUUGUUCGAAAAAAAUUCUCACAAUCCAUUUCUUUACUCUUCACCCACAAUUAUCAUGGUUUUUGAAGUGGAUGAAUGAAAUGGUUAUUUUUCCUGUAAUACAGUGUAAAGUUAACUCAUUGUUUUUUAGGUCCUUGGAUACAGUUUGAAGUUUCUCAAUACUUGUUUUUCCUCUGCAUCUUGUGAAGUUCCAGGCAAACUUACUUCCUCAGCUCUUGAAGUUAUGCAUCAUGUUACCAGGUCAGUGAAACUUAACGUGUAAGUAAUGCUGAACUUGACAGGAAUGAUAGUUUAACCCUUUCUAUUUCAAGGAUACUAAAAAGAUUCAGUUUACCAAAAGUUAUAUUUCAAAUUUUUUCAAUUUUGUUGUGAACAUACUUAACCAAAGAGGUUUCAUCUAAAUGGUCACACUUCCAUCCACAGACUCAAAAGUUAGAACUACGUUGUACAGCAUAAUGAACAGUACCAGAAAAAAGUGCUGCUUAGUAGCUUUUAGGUGAAUAGUGGUACUUAAAGAUUUCAUCCACAGACACAAAAUUUAGAAUCACCUUGACCAGCACCACAGGAAAGUACUGCUCAAUAUUAAUUAUAGCUGUUAAGUGAAUAGUCAUUAGUGGUACUCAAGGAUUUCAUCCACAGGUGCAAAAGUUGGAAUCACCUUGAACAGAAUUAACAAACAGCACCACAGGAAAGUAACUGCUCAGUGGCUUUCAUUUUAAUGGUCAAACUUUAGGAUUUCAUCCACAGACUCAAAAGUUAGAACCACCGUGUACAGCAUACUAAACAGUACCACAGGAAAAUACUACAGAGUUGUUCUGACCUCAGAAUUUUAUCUUACUUCUGACCAGUGCUUCAAAAGUUUAAAUCAGAUGUGGUUGAUCUGAUGAGAUACUAAUAAAAAUCAAUAAUACCAUCAAGUGACUUUGACUCUGAAGAUGAUUACCGCAUGGGUUGUCAAAACGUCACUGUCAACAACAGUCCUAUUCAGGACUAUGUUCACCUGGACGAUCAUACUCAACCUACGUAUAAAAAUUCUUAAAUCCAUGUUUUUUUCACCAGGAAGUUCACCGAAGGUCAGAUUAGUGGUGAACAAUCAGUACAACAGGCUGUGUGGCUUCUACAAGAGGUUGUCCAAAACUUCUAGUAAUCUAACUUACAAUUAGUUAUUUAUAGUUUUCUGUAUUGCAAUAAGGUUCACUUGACUAUAGAAGGUUUCAAUGUCUUGUUACACUCAUCUUAUAUAUAUAUAUAUAUAAUAUCAGCUGCAUUGUAUCAUCCAUUUUCAUUUGCUUGAUCUCUUCUUGGUAAAGUUAAGUGUUUAUGGGUCUUGAAACAGAGAAACAAAAAACUUGUGAUUUGAACUUGUGAUUUAUUGGAAUAAACUGGAGAUUUCUUGGCAGAAAGGAAUAGUAUUGCUCUUUGAAGCAGAACAUCCAUCUGUUCUCAUAGAAUCAAUGUUAAGAUCCACUAAUUUUAAUGUCGAGCUUACAUCGUAGGUCUUUCACAAUCCUUUACUACGUACGUUAUGAUACGAGCCGCACGUUCUAAACUAAUAACACCUCGUAUGCAUACUAAUCACUAGGCGUGUCACGCAUGCGGUCACGCCAUUACAUCUCUCCCCCCAUCACGUGGAUGGGACGCAACGGUGCGAACGAAAACAGCAAACAAAAAUAAAUAAAUAAACUAAAUAAAUUAAAUGUUGCUAAUAACGAGUAAGCCCUUGUGUCCUUUACAGGCUCUAAUGUAGCUAGUAGAUACGCAAAUUCUCGCUAUUCGCAAAUAAAGUCCUUAUAUUUAGUGUCCUUUGUGGAUCUUGUUUUCCUUCUGGGCCUGUCCAAGGGCACAUGUCUUCGCUCUGUGUCACGGUCUGAUCCGGGCUGCUGAGAUCUCUGCCUACUCUCGUACUCAGCUGUGUCGCUGUUUGCUCUUGGGUGCUCAUGACCUUGCCUUGAUUCACUGGAUCUGUCCGCUGGAACUGCAUCUCUACUUGGCCCUGCUAAGGGUCUGUCCGCUGGCAAUGCAUCCCCACUCGGCCCUGCUAAGGAUUGCUCUGGACAUUCAAUUAUAACUUCAUCCGGUUCAAAUGCCUCACCGCUGUCAGAAUCAUCAUACCGCGGUGAUUCCCUACAACCAUUUUUGAGCAGUUACCAAUCGGCGUAAUUCCUGGUGCGAAUCCUAACACUGUUCUUGGCAGUGACCAAGCUUCCCUUGACGCCAAUGACUACCAUAGGUUCCGGGUCAUACAGAGGGGUCAGGCUGUUUUUACGUUCCUGCUUGCACAACACAGUGUCCCCGACUUUAAUUUUCAUCACGGCUGUGUGUCUUCUUUUAUCAGCAUAUUGUUUCAUCUUCUGUUUUUGUUCUCGGUCCCGACAGCGGAUCAUCGUGUCAUCCCUGUAUUUAGGCUGUCCCUUGACUUCAGGGAACUUUCCACGUAAUUCCCUUCCGAACAUGAGCUUGUUCGGGCUGACUCCAGUUGUCGCAUGCUCAGUUGCUCUGUAUGCCCUGAUUCCCCGGUUCACUUCAUCCCUCACGGGUUUGCCUUCCAAAGAGGCGAUCCGAGCGGUCUUCUUUACUCUCUGCAUGAACCUUUCUACAUCGCCGUUGGCUUCUGCCCACCCGGGUGUCACUUUCCGGUGCUUAAACCCUCCUCUUUUGCGUAUUCUUCGAAUUUAUGGCUGUUGAAGGGCGGUCCGUUAUCUGAUUUGAUUUCUUUUGGCACUCCAUAUGUGUCGAACACCCUCUUGAAAGUCGGUAUUGUUGCUUUCUCGCUCGUGGACCCCACGAAUUCAACCACUGGGUAUCUGGCAUAUUGACAGUAAAAUACGAGGGCGAGGUCACCACUCGCCAUUGGUCCGCAAAAAUCCACGCUGACCUUCUCCCACGGUCCUUCCGGUAGGUCUGUCAUCCGGAGUGGCUCGCGAUGCGUUUGCGGCGUGUGAGAUUGGCAGGCGAUGCAAGUGGACACGAACUUGUCACAUUGUGAGUCCAUUCCGGGAAACCAUACAUGUGCUCUCAAAAGCUGUUUUGUUCGCACCUGGCCCUGAUGACCCUCGUGCGCAAUUUCCACCAUUCUAUGUCUGAGUUUUGCGGGCACAACGAUCCGAUCCCCUCUCAAGACAAUCCCGUCUACUAUGGUUAGUUCAUGGAAAACUUGCCGAAAUUCGUGUGUCCUUGUAUCGUUUGUGUCUAUCCAGCCUUGGUUGAUGUACUUCUUUAGUGCUUGAAGUGCUGGAUCUUCCUCAGUGGCGUCCUUUACCGGGUCUCUGGUGACAGCUUUGGGCGUGCUGCACGUUACCACAUAGUUUACAUAAUGCCGUACCUCCUUAGUCGUUCCCAAUUCGGACUUGGAGCACUCGUGAACUGGCAUAGGGUGACGUGAUGUGUAAUCUGAUAUGUUCUCUUUCCCAGGACGGUACUCUACUAUGAAAUCAUAGUCCAUCAUACGAUUGACGAUCCUUUGGACCCGGAUCGAAGAUGUGUGGGUGGGUUUGUUGAACACACUUUCAAGAGGCUUGUGGUCAGUCACGAUCUUAAAGGGUCUCCCAUACAGGAACAGGUGAAAUUUCUUGCACCCAAAAUCACCUGCUAGAGCUUCUAAUUCAAUCUGGCUAUAUCGUUUUUCCGGGUCGGUGAGGCUCCGACUGGCAUAUUGCACCACUCUCCAACAUUGUUCUCCAGGCUUUCUCUGCGUAAGUGUUGCGGCCAAACCCACAGGGCACCCAUCAAUAUGAAGCUCGUGCUCCGCCUGGGGAUCAAAGUAUGCUUGGACUGUGUCGCUACUGAGCAUGUUCUUAAGUUCCUCGAAUGCUUCUGAGUGUUCCGGUUUCCAUUCGAAUUUUCCGGUCACUAGCUCACCCAGUUUGCACGCCGCUUUCUGAUACUGUCAGGCUUCCAUGAAUCGCGAACUAUAUCUGACCGUACAGAGGAAUGAGUUAAGUUCGGCUGCAUUUCUAGGGCGUCCUGCAGAUUUAAUGGCUCUCGCUUUGCAUGGGUCUGGAGAUACUCCAUCUUUAGAGAACAUCAAGCCAUAGUAGACCACGCGACCUUUUCUGAAUUCACAUUUUGCUCUGUUGAAUGUGACAUUCUUUUCGCGGCUUCUCUCGAGUAAUGCUACCAGGUUUGCAUCGUGUUCUUUUUUGUACCGCCCAUGCACAAUGAUGUCAUCACUUAUGUUGAAAACUCCCUUCAGGUCGUGCGUCAAUUCCUCUCUGAUCGUCUCUUGAAAUAUCUCUGCCGCUGACCUUGUACCAUAGUUGAGCCUCUUAUACCUGUACAAGCCAAUGUGAGUUGAAAAGGUCGUUACGUUCCGCGAACUUUCUCUGAGUUCAAGUUGGUGGUAUCCCUUGCUCAUAUCCAGGUGGGAGAACACCGUUGACCCGCUCAGCUCAUUGACCACGUCGUCUAUUGUGGGGUGCUGGGUGUGUCUGCGGGGUAUUGCCUGAUUUGCCACGCGCAUGUCCACGUUCAGACGUAUCUGGCUCUGAUCUUUCUUGGGCGUAA